AUGUGCAACGAAGUGAUAUCCAAUGCGGAUAUCGACUGUCGUAUUACAUUGGUGGGAAAUGAAUUCGAUCAACGACAUAUUCGAGUUGUUUCAUCGAAUGAUGCUAAACGAUUUGCUGACGAAAGAAAUAUUUAUGGUCGUGCUAUAUCGAAUGAAAUCGCUAAUUGGCAUCAGUCGAAUAUUAUUGAUGGAUUUGGAUCCAUCGCUGGAUUUAAAAAUGAGAACACAUCAUAUAUUAUUAUAACAACCAGUUGUGAUUCUCAAGCAAAUCUAAUCAAUCUCAACGAUUUAUCUCAACCACCAUUGUCUAGAACUAUGAAAACAUCCUGCACUCAACCGAUUCAUUCAUUAGCAGAUAGAUAUUUAUUAGCAUUGGGUACAAUUCAAAAUGAUGUUGGUGGUUCAUUUCCUGAAUCACUCUAUGUGUUUGAUGCACUGUCAGAACAAUGGAAUUAUGAAAUUGUCAAUUUUGGUAACAUAUUUUCUGGUAAAUAUCAAGUGCUACAUCCAUCAACAGGUUUUUCAUCUUUGAAUUUAAAUGCAGCUGAACCAAUUCUUUAUGUGAAUAAUCGAUGGGAUUUAUUUUUACCAAUUCCAAAUUUUUCGGAUUUUAUAGAUUGGACAUUUUCGGUUGAUAAGCAAUGUAUGUACUUCAUUACCAAGCAAAAUGUAACUGUAAUUGAUCUAUCGAAUAAGGUAUCUUUUCAUUAUCGUGUAUUACCAUUAAUUGAACAGAGUGGUAACAUUGAUAGUAUUGAUAAAACAAUAGUUUUCAAUAAAAAUUGA